CAAUUGAACAAUUCUCAUCCAGGCCUCAUUUGGUUUAUUCACAAACACCUCGAUAAACACAGUGUGAUAGAUAUCAGGAUUAUCCUGCUUAGAGUGUACUCUUACGUGUUUGAUAUUAUUUGUUACUAAGAUCUAGCUGUUGUGCUGCUCGCACCUAUUUAAUACACCUUAUCAAAUCAGCAUCUUCGCUAUUAUCGCCAUUAAUUGAGAAAGUAAGAAAAAAAAAAAUGUCAUCUAGAAAGAAAACUUUGUUAAAGGUUAUCAUAUUAGGGGAUUCGGGUGUUGGAAAAACAUCGCUUAUGCAACAAUUUGUUAACAAUAAAUUUUCGCAUCAAUAUAAAGCAACCAUAGGAGCCGAUUUCCUAACAAAGGAAAUGCUUAUUGAAGAUAAAAAUGUCACUAUACAAUUGUGGGAUACAGCAGGACAAGAGAGAUUUCAAUCACUAGGUGUUGCAUUUUACAGAGGAGCAGAUUGUUGUGUAUUGGUUUACGAUGUCACGAAUUCUAAAUCGUUUGAGAAUUUAUCUAGUUGGAAGGAUGAAUUUUUAAUCCAAGCUAAUGUUAAAAACCCAGACAAUUUUCCAUUUGUAAUUUUGGGAAACAAAAUUGAUUUGGAAGAAAACAAAAGGGCUAUUACAACCAAGAAAGCGUUAAGCUUGUGUGAAAGCUUGGGUAAUAUUCCAUAUUUUGAAACCAGUGCCAAAGAAAAUGUUAAUAUUGAGGUUGCAUUUGAUAUUGUUGCCAGAAAUGCAUUACAACAAGAAUUGGAAAACGAUGCAGAAUUUAAUGAGGAUUAUUCAGAUGCUAUUAAUAUUCAUAUAAAUGGAGAACAAAGUGGAUGUGCUUGUUAAAGUGGCCAAUUAAAAAGAAUAAAUGUGAUUUUUACCAUCAGAGAUUUUUUGUUUUUGUUUUUGUUUUUAUUUUCAUUUAUUUUUAUUUUUAU